UGGAGAGUUAGGUACUCAUCUAGUAAUGUCUGUGCUUUAAGAGGAGCAACGGUUGCCAUCAGCUGCACUUAUGAAUACCCUGACAACGUACAGUACCGCCCUACCACAGUCAGAACACUGUGGUUGACAAAAGGAGACAAGUAUCAGCCAGUUGAUCUGGAACACAAUACAGACUAUACAGGUCGUGUUGAAUCCAGCUGUGGAGAGGUCAGAUGUACCAGGUCCAGAUGUCAUGGAACAUGUACCCUGAGAAUCAAAGACCUGAGACAGAGUGACUCUGAUGUCUACAAGUUUAGCUUCACAACAAACCAACCAGAUGGGGAAUAUACUGGUGACCCUGGAGUGACGUUAUCUGUAACAGAUCUCCAGGUGAAGGUGUCCUUUCUUGACCCUACCAGUCCUACCUGGGCAGAGCUGGAGUGUCACAGUAUGUGUGAUCUAGGUGGUGACCCUCGCUACACCUGGUUCAGGAAUGGACAGAACGUAAGACGGGUAGUGAAGUCAAGGGGCUACUUUAAGUCUGAAGGAAGCUAUUCAUGUGCUGUUGAAGGAUACGAACAACUCGGGUCUCCUUUAGUGUCGUUUGAGGGUAAUGGUGACUGGACAGUUACUUACUCAUCUAGUAAUGUCUGCGCUUUAAGAGGAGCAACUGUUGACAUCAGCUGCACUUAUGAAUACCCUGACAACGUGCAGUACCGCCCUAACACAGUCACAACACUGUGGUUUACUAAAGGAGACAAGUAUCAGCCAGUUGAUCUGGAACACGAUACAGACUAUACAGGUCGUGUUGAAUUCAGCCGUGGAGAGGUCAGCUGUACCGGGUCCAGAUGUCAUGGAACAUGUACCCUGAGAAUCAAAGACCUGAGACAGAGUGACUCUGCUGUUUACAAGUUUAGGUUCACAACAAACCUACCAGGUGGGGAAUAUACUGGUGACCCUGGAGUGACGUUAUCUGUAACAGCACACCCAGACCUCCAGGUGAAGCUGUCCUUUCCUCACCCUACCAGUCCUACCUGGACAGAGCUGGAGUGUCACAGUAUGUGUGGUCUAGCUGGUGACCCUCCCUACAUCUGGUUCAGGAAUGGACAGAAUGUACGUCAGGGAGUGAAGUACAGGGCCUACAUUCAGUCUGAAGAAAGCUAUUCAUGUGCUGUUGAAGGAUAUGAACAUCAACACUCUCCUUUAGUGUACGCUCCAAAGACCCCCUCAGUGACCCUGAGUCCCUCUGGAGAAAUAAAGGAGGGCAGUUCAUUGACUCUGAGCUGCAGCAGUGAUGCUAACCCAGCAGCUACCUACACCUGGUUCAGGGUUAAUGCAGAUCAUUACUCCAGAGUGAUGAAGAAGGGACCACAUCUCGUCUUUGGACCCAUCAUGUCUGCAGACUCUGGACAAUACUACUGUCUAGUUCAGACUGAGCUCAGGACAAAAUCUGAGUUCAUCUUUCUAACCGUGAAAUAUGGUCCUAAACACAUAUCUGUGUUAUCAAGUCCCUCUGGUGAAAUAGAGGAGGGCAGUUCAGUGACUCUGAGCUGCAGCAGUGAUGCUAACCCAGGAGCUACCUACACCUGGUUCAAGAACAACCAACCUCUGCUCUGGGAACCACCUCAUACCUUCCCCUCAGUCCGCCCUGAAGACAGAGGAACGUACCGCUGUCACGCAGAGAACAAAUACGGACAUCUGAGCUCUAACUCGAUAUUCUUAAAUGUUACAUAUGCUCCAAAGACCCCCUCAGUGACCGUGAGUCCCUCUGGUGAAAUAGAGGAGGGCAGUUCAGUGGCUCUGAGCUGCAGCAGUGAUGCCAACCCAGCAGCUGAGUACACCUGGUUUAAGGAACAUGAAGACUCAGUGAAAGAAUUAGGACAGAACUACACCAUCACUAAUAUCACAUCUGAGCUUGGGGGAAACUAUUACUGCCAAGCACAUAAUGCAAUUGGGAGUCAAAACUCCACCUUUUUGAUAAUUAAAGUGACAUCAUCACAUAUAGCAAUGGUAGCUGUACCAACCAUUGCUGUCCUACUGGCCACCGUACUCCUCCUCGUCUUCCUCUGGAUGAGAAGAAAGAGGGCCUCCAGUAAAGCAUGUGGACAGGGAGGAAGGCCAGAUACCGUGGAGGAGCCACUACCAGGUCCUGUGUAUGAAAACGUCUCAGCUCUGAUCAAUCACUUGGCUCCUGCAGCACAGAGAGAACCAAUAGAAGAGCAGGAUGACCAUCACUAUGCCAGCAUCCAUACCUCUCGUUCAGAGAACCAGGAAGUUCCUCGCUGUUGGGUUGGCUCUAAUGUCCAAUCAGACCAAGCAGAUGCUGUCUUUUAUUCUGUGGUCAACAUUAAGAGACCAAACGCUGUCCCUGGAGAGAGUGACCAAACAGAGGCGGCAGAAACCUCAGAGUUGUACAGCACCGUAAAAAAACACCCCAGAUAUUGAAAGAGUUGUGGCAGCAGGAUUUAAAUAGUGGUACUAGGUAGAGUGUCUCAUCCAUUUAGUUUAACAGGACAAUACGCUGGCUGCAUGUCCUAUGGAAAUGAAUUACAUGGAAUGAAUACUUGCCACUACAGAUCAUUCAUGACCUGAUUUAUUUGACUUAUUUACCGUAUUGUGUAUGUUCCACUUGUGAUGGCCCCAGCGAGGCCACAUGUUAUCCAGGGCCUCUUGCUCUUGAGGAUAUAGCUCUGCUUCAUCGCUACCACCUGCUGGUUACCAGGAUGUUCUGCACCUGUGAGGGGAGGUCUUAGCGGUACCAUCUGCUGGUGACCAGGAUGUACUGCACCUGUGAGGGGAGGUCUUAAGGGACAAUACAUGCCUGGGUUGGUUAGCUUACCAUCUUAGCCAUCUCCUGGCUGCACUUAAACAUAAUUUUACAUAGAAUUGCCUCUGUCUAUAGCUUUCCACAUUUUAAUAACAAAGAAAUGUUCACCCAUACAGAGUGAGACCCAAACUGAUGUUGGGGUAUAUGUGGCUGGCUGUACAUAGGAGAAAUGUUGGGUAGUCUUAUGUGGGCCUACAAUGCUGUUUUCUACUUGUGCUUUAAAUGGGAUCUUUCAUUUGUAUGAACUUGCCUGAGGUAGACGUACCACACCAUUACAUUAAGUAGACGUUUACGUUUUCAAUAUUCUUAGCCAGAAUGUAUUCCCUGAGGAGCAAU